AUGCAGGGUGUGUCUUCAUCUCACUUCAUCUCAUCGCAUUUUCACUUGGUCCUCCUUGGACAGGUUGGGGCUGGGAAAAGUGCUACAGGAAACACCAUAUUAGGACAGAACAUAUUUACAUCAAAGAAAAGUUUAAAGGGAAUAACACAAGAGCUUCAGAUGGGUGAAGUUACAAUCGAUGGGCUUUGUGUUCAUGUUUAUGACACACCAGGGUUUUUCAGUCCUGGGGUAAAAAAUGAAGAAAUUGAGGGAAAAUGCCAGAAAGUUCUACACUUGGAUGAUUCAGUACCCACUGUGUUCCUACUGGUGGUCAGCACUGAUAGGUAUGGAGAACAAGAGAAGAAAACCACAGAAAUAAUUGUAAAGUUUUUGGGGGACAAGCAUUUACAGAACACCUGGAUUCUCUUCACCAAAGGAGAUGAGCUAGAGAGUAAUGAACUUACCAUUGAAGAUUACAUGGAAGAUUCAGAAGAUCUUAAAGAUGUUGUGCAAAAGUUUCACAACCGAUAUGUGUUACAAGUAUCUUUUUGUCUUUUAGCUGCAAACUCCCUGAACCAGCACCAGGGGACAGAAGACCUUCCUAACACUGACCAGGCCUUUCCUUCAGCAAAUUCAGCAGCAGCUACACAGACCACCUCUUCCAAUGAGAAAAACAAUCUCCCUCCUCGUAAAAUAUUACUUCUGGGGAAGACUGGUGUUGGGAAAAGUGCAACCGGAAAUACCAUAGUGGGAUGUAAUGUUUUCACAUCCCAAAGUGAUUUAAAUGCUGUUACUGAAAAAAGUCAAAUACACCAAUCAGAAGUCAAUGGAAGAAAAGUAUCUGUGAUUGACACACCUGGUUUCUUUGACUCAAAAAUUCCUAUAGAUAAAUUAACUGUUGAGUUUGGAACGUGUUUGAAAGAAGCUGAAGGAGGAGUUCAUGCUAUCCUUCUAGUUUUUCCGUAUGGCCGGUUCACAGAGCAGGAGGCAGAAAUGUUGAUGCGAGUUGAGAAGGUUUUUGGGAAAGAUGUGACAAAUCACAUUAUUAUUGUCUUCACUUAUGGGGAUAAAUGUAACUACAACAAUUUUGUUUCAAGCAUAAAGAAGAACAAAGAACUCACUGAUGUAAUAAACAAGUGUGGAGGCAGAUAUCACAUCAUUAACAAUGAAUGUAUGGAUAACAGAGAGCAGGUUACUUCAUUACUGCAGAUGAUUGACACAAUGAUAGAGAAGAAUAGAGGUCAAUGCUACACUAUUGAAAUGUUUAAAAAGGCAAUUAAAUCGGAUUCCUGGUGGGCAGUGGGAAUUUUAUUAGGAGUAAUUGGAGGAGGAGUAGCAGUAGGAGCAGUUGGCGCAGCAGUAGGAGCAGGAAUAGGAGCAGGAAUAGGAGCAGUAGGAGGAGUAGUAGGAGGAGUAGUAGGAGGAGUAGUAGGAGGAGUAGUAGGAGUAGUAAGAAGUGUAGCGGGAGGGAAGGAGGACAGGUGGAGGAGGCCCAGAAAGGUAAUUAAACCUUAAAUUACAUUUUUUUCAAAUUUUCUCACUUCAAGUGACAAAUUUAAGCUGAAAAUGUUAAAAUAUUUAGUGUUCCCAAUUGAAAUACGUUUUUUAAGUAGAGUAGCUUUCACUUUUUACAUUGUGUGGAUCAUCUUAAAGUUACAUAAGUUGUGUCUUUUUCUGUUUCUUAAUCUGUAAGAGAAAGUCCUAAACAAUAAAUAUGUUGAUAUCUCACCACA